AUGUCGAUACGACCGCCCAAUGCCGACAUUAGGCUCAGUCGAAAGGACUCCCAUGAGCUUGAGAAAGCGGCAGAGGAGAGACAAAGGGGGGUCGAUACUGGAUCUCGAGGCCGAGACCCCCGAGCUGGGUACGAGUACGAACAGGAGGAAAGGGAGGCUCGAUCUAUCCUAGACGAGGCCAAGCAUUCCACCAUUCCGGUUGCUGCCGUGGCCAUUGCAUCGGCCAUCGCUGUCGAGGAGGAGCGGUCGCGGGAGCGCAGACGCCGCGAAUACUCGGAAGACGGUUCUCGGGAUCGAUCCAGGCCUGAAAAAGAUGCUGUUCAGGAGGAUGCAGACAGGUACUACCGCGAGUCUGUGAUUGCGCGAAAGAUUGCUUCCGACGAUAUCCGGUCUCGCAGCAAGUCUCCCGAGGAAUCCGUCGUGGAUAAAUGGGAGAAGCCAUCCGCCGAAGAAUCAUUUGCCAUCGUUUCACCGCCCAGCAUGGAAGACAGGGAGCAUGAUGAUGACGAGAAUCCUUACGCACCUCCCAAUGCCGAUGUCAAGGUGGACAACGAGAUCUAUCCGCACCAGACCGAUGCCUCAAGAUUCAGGACCCGCGACUCUUCCCGUGAACGUCCAUUGCUCAACAUUGUCCGCCCUACGCCGGUGCCCAGCCCCGAUCCCACGUCGGGAGCUGGUGAGGCGUUGAAGCAGCCAGCAGAGGUGCCUGCAACUAGAGAGCUUGAAAAUGAUUUGGUUGAUUCAUCCGAGGAUGAGUCUGGUCACCAAGAGGAGGCGGCGCACUCGUCACCCAGCGGCAAGUCCGUCUCGUGGGGCGAAAACUCGACGAAGCGCUUCGUAGUCGAAUCGCCCGAGGCUCGUAGCCGUGCCGAAUCCCCAAACGAACCGGCUGAGGCGGAGGACAAACCCAGGCCCCGUCUCAGCAAGAUUAGCCAAUGGGGCAAGAUCGCUGCCAUGAUGACCGCUGGCACCGCCGAGCCGACGACAGAGCUCGACAGACACACUGCCAAGCGGAGCGGCGACCUUCCUGCCGAUGACGACGUCGAUGGCGCACCACCUGUUCCUGGCCCCAAGCCAGUCAGCUCCGAGCCGGAACAGAUGCCUGGGGCCUACGCCGACGAUCUCGAGUUUGCGGCCACUGUCGCAGCUGGCCUGAAGGAGAGCGGCUUCGACCCUAAUAUUGUGAUUGACGACCCAGCCUUCCGCCGUCGAGACUCUCGUCCGGGAACAAACGAGGACACCGUCAUGGGCCAUGUUCCGCAAGUCGAUGUGGCAAGAAGCAGAGAGCAAGAAGAUGAAGAGGAGCUCUCCUUGACUGAUACGGAGGACGAGGAAGAUGAGAAGCCUCAGAAGCAAGAGAAGCAAGAGAAGCUUGACAAGCUCGAGAGAUAUCUUCAGAUGAGGCGGUCCGGUGAGAUCAAGCCCCCCUCUCCGCCUCAGGAGGAGCCGGUCGUCGAGCCACCGACUACACAAGAUCGACCAGUCACCCCUCCCCCAAGAGGCAAUGAGCGACGGAAUAUACUCGAGAACCUCCUUCAAAAGAGGCAAUCGGGCGAGAUUCGACCACCCCGGGAGGUGUUGGAAGCGGUAGAGUCGCGCAACUCGCAGCCAGUCCCCGAAACCCAGGACGAGGACGAGGCAAGGCACGAUUCCGAUGCUGAGCUGCCUCCAGCGGAGGCACUUGAACCAGAAGCUCUAGCGGACGACAGCGCUUCCGACGUUGCCCCUGCCGAUAGGCCGAAGAAAAAGACUAAGAAGAAGCGACGAGACCGUUUAGAUGAAGCGUCAACCAUCUCUUCUCGCCUUGAUGACGACCAUUCCAAGCUGUCCAUACCUGGUGACGAAGGCACCGAGAUUUCAAGGAUUUCGGUCCCUGGUGACGAGGCCACCGUGUUCAGCGUCGAAGACUGGGAGGAUUGGGAUAGCUCACCGAGGUCUACGCGGAAGUCGCUCGUUGCUUCGGAGCUGUCGACCUCCAGCAGGAGAAGCGCGCGGGGGAAGCGUCGGAGCGCUACGGAGAGAGACAUUCGCCAAAGCCGCGGCGACGAGCCGCCACCAUACCCGGGAGGUGACAGCCAUGACGAACGCAGCGCGAGGCGCGAAUCUCGGGACGACGAAAGAAAACCUAGAAACAGGGAGGCAAGGCACUACCAAGAUAAUGAUAAUAGCGAGAAACCUGUGCCCUCGCGUAAACGCAAAGACUCCUCCGGCAAGAAGUCCAACUUCUUCUCGGGCAUCUUCAAGUCUGGCAACAACAAAAACGACAACAGUACCAUCAACGAAAAGGGCGAGUCUUUUUUUGAGCAAGCCGGCACUCUUGGCGCGGGUGCCGGCCUAGCGAGCAUUGCUGCGGCCGCAGCAAAGGCCUUGACUCGCUCAAAUGCCGCCGAUGUCUCCUCGGACCCGGAGAACAUCUCGCGAGAUCUCCCUGGCUCGAGCCGGGAGGACGAAGAGGAUCACUACCCCGUGAUUGCGCCCCGAGCGAUUGCGAUCGAUCCCCAGUAUGGCGACCUGCUCCCUCUGCCGCCCAGUCUACCGGGAACCCCCGUAGAGGCCAGCUUCGACGAGCUGCCGGGCCUGCCCGACAGUCGUCCUGGGACGCCGGUUGAGGAUCGAAGCCGGAAAUUCGAAAAGUCGCAUCGCCGGCAACGAAGCAACCAAGAAAACAACCUGUCCAACUCCCGCAACAGGUCACAUAGCAAUACCGCCGUCCCCUUGGCACUGCUCAGGGGUAUCGGGUCCAGGCCUUCCAGCCCUGUCUCUUACAAGACUUCCCGUACGCCAUCCCGGCCGACGUCUUGGGACAGCACCAAAGAAUUCAUGCCCCUGAUGCUUCUUGAGCAUGCGCGGCGUGGAUCGAACGAGAGAAGCCCCAAAGGCGGAGACUUACCGCCCCUGCCCCCUAGCGAAGCAACAAGUGAAGCUGAAGGGGGAGCCGUGUCCGACAAAGAAGAGCACAAUGGGGGGAAGCUGCUGCCCGUCUUGCGACCGGAAGACUUCCGAAGCCCGUUGCCUCCCAACGAUGGGUUCAACCUAGCUGAUCGCUCACUCCGGCUGCAAACCCAGAUACCCGGAAUGGACAACGCCGUCACUGACGAGGAAUCUUCGGGUUCUACCCCGAAAGCAGACGUG